UUUUCAUCCUGAUAUGCACAAGACCGCUAGUGAAGAAAAAUUUAUGAAGAGAAAGUAAAAAUAUUUGACCCUUGUUAUGUCAACAUACAAUAAGACCGAUGCCCAUCCAUCAACCUUUAUUCUUAUUGGCAUUCCUGGGCUGGAAGCUGCUCACAUCUGGAUCUCCAUCCCCUUUUGUGUGGUCUACCUGUUGGCCCUACUGGGAAACUGCUCUCUUUUGUUUAUCAUCAAGACAGAGCCCAGUCUCCACGAGCCCAUGUACCUCUUCCCCUGCAUGCUGGCUGUAGCUGAUGUUGUGUGUUCUACAGCUGUGCCCAAACUUCUCAGUCUCUUCUGGUUCCAUGAUGGAGAGAUCCGCUUUGAAGCCUGCCUCACUCAAGUGUUCCUGAUUCACUCAUGCUCUACCAUGGAAUCUGGCUUCUUCCUGGCCAUGGCCUUUGACCGAUACAUGGCCAUUUGUAAUCCAUUAAGACAUUCAGCUAUUCUGACACACGCUGUAAUUGGGAGAAUGGGCCUAGCUAUUGUACUCAGGGGCAUAGCACUUCUCAGUCCUCACCCUUUCCUAUUACGUUGGCUUCCCUACUGCAGAACCCAUAUCAUUUAUCAUCACACCUACUGUGAGUUCAUGGCCCUCAUCAGGAUUGCCUGUGUGGAGAAAAAAAUUUGCAGAGCCUAUGGCCUCAUUGUUACCUUCCUUACUGGCGGGGUGGACUUUAUAUUGAUCAUUUGCUCUUAUGUCCUCAUACUCCACACCAUUUUCCAGCUCCCAACCAAAAAUGCCCUACUCAAAUCUUUGGGCACCUGUGGCUCCCAUGUCUGUGUCAUCUUAGUGUUCUAUACUCCAGCCUUCUCUUUUCUCACCCACAGGUUUGGGCACCAUGUGGCUCCCCAUGUUCACAUAUUUGUGGCCAACAUCUAUCUUCUUGUCCCACCCAGGGUAAACCCCAUUAUCUAUGGGGUAAGGACAAAAAGGAUAUGGGACAGGUUCUUUAAAGUUUUCAGUUUUUCAAAGCCUCUAACUGAAUCAUUUUUGCUGGUGAGAGAUAACUGAACAAAACUUUGCAUUAUCUUCGAAUGUAAGAUCUUUCUAUUAAGGCACUCAUUUAAUAAUCAGACAGCUAAGAUAUUUCUGUGGAAAGUAACUUAUUCAAACAUAAUUGUUAAACAGAUAUAAUUAUAGAUUGUCUAUGUACAUUAGAUUACCAAGUACAGGGAUUACUUGACAUUUAAAUCUUGUUAGACUGUUUGAAGUUAAUAAUUUGAAUAAUAUGACUGUCACACAGUGUAUUUCAAAGUUUCAAUUGGCAUAUAACCAUCUGAAUCUUGCCAUUAUAGAAGAUAUCAAUCUGAACGUCUUAGGAAACCAGAUUAAUAAAA